GUCCCGCCCGUUGUCAUGGGGACGGCUGCUACUCUCUCCCUCUCGUUGCAGGCUGCAGCGCGCAAGAAGGAGGAGGCGGCGCGAUGGACACCUCCUGCGGCAAACACGAGGCCAACUGCACGGCCGCGCACGGCUCGCAUUCCCCGGUGCCGGUGUCUUCACCCCCGCGCGCCAGCAGCUCGGCCGCGGACGCGUUACGCCUUGUGGAGCUUCGUUUUCCCGCUUCAACGGUGGCGAUGGUCCCACAAACCUUUCACCCAUUCCCAACAGUGGACGUCCCUGACCACGCCCACUACACCAUUGGAUCAGUCAUCCUUGCAAUUGGCAUCACCGGUAUCAUUGGAAACUUCCUGGUCAUCUAUGCCUUCAGCAGGAGUCGUAGUCUGCGGACGCCAGCCAACAUGUUCAUCAUCAACCUGGCCAUCACCGACCUGCUGAUGUGUGUCACGCAGUCUCCCAUCUUCUUCACCACCAGCAUGCACAAGAGAUGGAUCUUUGGAGAGAAGGGUUGUGAGCUGUAUGCUUUUUGUGGCGCUUUGUUUGGGAUCUGCUCCAUGAUCACACUGACAGUGAUUGCCAUUGACCGAUACUUCGUCAUCACGCGACCUUUGACCUCCAUCGGUGUGUUGUCACGGAAACGAGCCCUCCUCAUUCUCUCGGCAGCCUGGGCAUACUCACUGGGCUGGAGCCUGCCACCUUUCUUCGGCUGGAGUGCCUAUGUCCCAGAAGGCCUCUUGACUUCCUGUACGUGGGACUACAUGACCUUUACCCCGUCUGUGCGAGCGUACACCAUGCUACUCUUCAUCUUCGUCUUCUUCCUGCCACUCUUCAUCAUCAUCUACUGCUAUGUGUUCAUCUUCCGUGCCAUCCGCUCCACCAACCGGGCUGUGGGGAAGAUCAACGGCAACACUCGAGACGCAGUGAAGAGUUUUAACAGGCUGCAAAACGAGUGGAAGAUGGCGAAGAUCGCAUUGAUUGUCAUCCUGCUUUAUGUCAUCUCUUGGUCGCCGUACUCCACUGUGGCGCUAACCGCCUUCGCUGGGUAUGCAGACAUGCUGACUCCUUACAUGAACUCGAUCCCCGCCGUCAUUGCCAAGGCCUCUGCCAUCCACAAUCCCAUCAUCUACGCCAUCACGCAUCCAAAGUACAGGAUGGCGUUGGCUAAGUACAUCCCCGGUCUGGGCGUACUCCUUUGCAUCCAUCCUAAGGACCUGCGCUCAGCCAGCAGCAGCUUCGUUUCCACACGGCGCUCCACAGUAACCAGCCAGAGCUCCGACAUCAGUAGCCAGCUUCGGCGGCAGAGCACCUUCAAGUCCCGCCUCUCCUCCUUGUCAGACAGCGAAUCAGGUCUGACGGACACCGAGGCCGAUCUAUCCAGUUUAAGCUCCAGACCUGCUAGCCGGCAGGUAUCCUGUGAAAUUAGCAGAGACACCGCCGAGCUACCCGACUUCAAACACACCUCCAGCUUCAAGGCUAAGCUGAAGAACAAUGACUCUGGCAUCUUCGAGAAGACGUCCUUUGACACCGUAUCGAUAGGAGGAGUCAGUGAACACAACAGCAUCCCAAGUAACAGAGACUUUGGAGACGGAAACGUGACGAGAGCCACGAUUGGACGAAUCCCAAGCAUCGUCGUCACCUCAGAGAUGAGCCCCUUCCUUCCAGUUGGACGAAAUGGUUCACGCACGAACAGAUCCAAGAUGGCCAACAGCAGUGCGGGGGCGGGGCCUGUCUAGAACUACAUCUCUUGUGAUUCUCCACCCCCCUGAAGUCACAUGACGAUAAAGAUAGAGGCUUCAAACAAAGAAAGUCAGAAGUAUUUAUAGCUGAUGAGGAGUAUUGUAAUGCUCUUUCUCAGAUUUAGAUGAAAAUGAAGGCAUUUUAGUCCUCAGAUCUGGCUGAAACGUGUUGCCUAAAUAAUCGUUAACUGGUUUUAGUCUAACAUUAUCUCUAGAUUGCAGGCGAGUCAAAAACAGUCAAACUUAAAGUAAAACUUGUUAAUUUGAUGAUAUUGGACUGAAAAUCUUGGUCUGAGCAAAAGUCUUCUGCUGCAGCAACAACUGAGGUUAGGAAAAGCACUGGACAAGUCAAAUCUCUAAAAAUGAAACAUGAAUAAAAGCAAUUCAAAUGAAGACAAAAACAUUAAAAAACAAUUCUGUCCUAAAAGACAGCUCACAGUUUUUGAUCUGUUGAAACUCAGUGAGCUUACAUUUGGUUUUUGAAAAAUUUUGGCACAAGCAAAAGGGGAGAAAUGCGUGGAUGAGAAAACCAAGAAUCAAGUUGUUUGUACAUCCAGUUUUCCCUUGUGUUUUCCUCACUUUUCUAAAAACAACCCAAUAAUUUAAGAGAAAUCCAUUUUACAGAAAACCAAAGCUUAGCUUUAAUUUGUUAAACCUGCUUCAUAGUAAAGGAAACAACAAAGCACUGAUGGAGGUGUAGCUUCUAAAAUACAGGCCCAAGCUAAAGAUGGAUCAACAAAUUUUUUUAUGAAAAAAUAGGGGAAUUCUAAUGUCUGUGAAGGCUUUUGUGGUCCUUCAGUCCGAAAAACAAAGCUCUCCUUUAUUGCUUUCAGUGCGGGACAUAAGGUAAAGUGUGAUAAAAAAAAAGUUGUGUUUCUGAUGUCACCAGCCAUUUAUUUGUUUAAAGAGCUGUUGUGGAGGUCUAAACAAACUUCAGAUGAGUGACAGAACAGGACAACAGUUUAACAACAAAACACGUUCUUUUUCAAUUUCUGAUCAAAAAAGAGUUUUAAGUGUACGAAUGUUGAGGACUGUGUGUUGGAUUUCCGUUUAGUCUGAAUACCUUUAAGUUUUAAAAGUAGUUUUUUGUCUUGUAAAAAGUUAACAGUGGUUCAUGGUUGGCUGCUUAAUUACCUAUCUUGAAAAAAGAUAACGUCCUGCAGUGGACUGGUAAACUGUUCCGUUUGUCCACUGCCUUUACCUGACAGUAGCUGAGAUUGGCUCCAGCAACCCUGUGACCCUGAACAGAAAUAAGUAGGUUUAGAAGAUGGAUGGAUGGAAAAACAUCGGCUGUCAGUUGUUUGAUUUUAAAGUUAAAGUUAAAAUCAAACAAACCAAACUGAAAAUUUUAGAAUUACGGCCACUUAUCCACAAUCAGCUUCUACAAAAUUUGUCAGAAUUUAAUGUAAAAUUCUGUUUUUCGAAGAUGUUUACAAUUAUGGAAAGCCGUUUCCAUGAACUUUGUUCUUUCUGAAUGUUUCAUUUAAACUCCAAAGUUCAGAACAUGAACAUGUUCCGAAAAGCAUUGUUAGCGGAGUGCUCACAUUUGUUAACAACACAAAUUCAUAACAAAAGUAGACUUUUUAGUUCACAUUGUGUGGGAAUAUUUCCACCUAAAACAGCAAACACCGUGUCCAUUUUUGUCAAAUGGUUUUGACUGCUGGCCUGCAGUCUUCCUCAGAAGGUUUCACGCUCGCCAUGACAUGUCAGCGAUGUGCUCAGACAACUGUGAUGACUUGAUCUCUCUACUACUGUAUGUGAAGAUCUGUCAAACCCAAAUGAAAUUUGGGUUUUUCCAGUUUUUACUGGAAAAACAUGUUUUUUUUAGUUAGUUAAGCUAGCUGUUCCUCGACACUUUAUGGUGCAACACUGGACUCCAAUUUGAUUAAAAAAAUGUUUUUGGAGUAAUAGUUGCUAGUAUUGGUUGCUGCUAAUAUUUGCUGAUUCAGCAUCAGCUUUAUUUGUUUGUUUUUAGCACAGUGGUGGUCACAUGUCCACUAUUUCGCAUGAGAUGAGUAAAAAAGGACAAAACUGCCUAAAUGAGACAGCUAGUCCAUUUUUAGUAUUUAUUUUUUACCUAAAACGGCAACACCACCACCAACAGACAACUUUAACAUUUAGUUUUUCAACAAAAACGUUUUCUUAAACCUUGAAUUAAAAAAUUGAACUUCAGAGUAAAAAGUUAAAAUUUGGCUUGGAUUAAAAAAACAGCUUUUUGAAGUUAACAUCAGCUUUUUUACAAUUUGUUUCUAUAAAACAAAACACUAUUUUAAAAGAAAAAACAACAAACAAUUCAAAGACUAGGAGAAAAGAAAGAUUGAGAUUUAUGUGAGAUGUAUUUUUUCCCUAUAGUGGAUCUGCUGUAUUGCUUUUUCUCCAAUUCUGUCUUUGUGCUAAACUAAGAUUUAAUAAUAACAGACUUCAGAAGGGUUUAAAAUCCAAAUCUAAAAAUAUCUUGUUUUCAAUUUGUUGUAUUUGUUAUUUACUUUUAAUCAUUUUUUAUUUGUGGGGCCUGCAAACGCACUUUUGCGAGAAAAAAAACAUUUUGACAGCUGUGUUCUUAAAAAAUAGUGCUGUAAGUUGGUCUUUACCUCUUUGCUUGUGUCGCUUUUGUGUCUCACCUUUUCAGGAUGUGUUUUAGCUUAAAAGCAGUGUUGUGGAAUGUAUUCUGAUGUUUGUACGGGUUCUCAAAAGGGACAUAACUAAUGACUACAAGGCAGCUCUGGUUCAGCCUAAUUUAAAGUGCUGGAUUGUGUGAGAUUCUCUGUACAGUCACUGUAUUUCUGGUUGUUUUCUGUCAAACAGCACUGGAUAACUAAAAAACGAUGCUUAAUAGACAAUAAGUAAAUAAACAACAUUGAAAAACAUUUGCUAAACUGUUAACUGGUGAAUUAAGUUGUUCUUUAUCACUAAAUCAGGGGUCACAAAGAUGUUGCCCUUGGCAAAAAAGUAGUACACUUGAAGUUUAUUCUAUUAAGUAUACUGGAGUAUAGAAUAGGUAUAGCAAGCACAGACAAUGCAUAUGUAGUAUAGGAAGUAUAAAAAGGGAAUACUUCUUCAGACUCAAUUAGAAUUUUUUAAGUUUACAAUAUAUAGAUGGUGUAUAAAAAGUAAACUUUAAGUAUACUGCCUUACUUUUAACAUAGACAAAGUAUUCUUGUAGUACACUUAAAUAGACUACUUUUUGCUAAGGGUUGUUUGCUACUUUCAAGAUCUAAAAUAGAAAGUUGAUCAUCAAAACAACUGUGUUUCUGUAGAAAAUUAAAAAAAAUAGAAAAAUAUAAGGCGAUUUCCCGCUAGACAUAUCACCACAAAGAGAUCCAAAUGAGCUCAAUAGUCACCUAAAAAGCUUUAAUUUACUUUUAAGGAGAAGAAAAUGAUUUGAACCCAGAAUUCUCCGGCGUUCAGUUCUCCUAGCCAUUUUACAUCUAAUGAUGUGACAAAGUCAGUUUGUUUGAAAUUUGCACACAGUUAUAAACCGAGCAGGAUAAGAUAAUUUUGUAUUGUGACUUUUCCAAAUCAAAACAUUUAUGGGGGGCUAAAUUCUUCAAAAGUCUUCUUUUCAACAGCAACUGUAAAUGCCUAAUUUUAAUGCCAACUUGAACGUCUGGUUUUUCCACUGUUAUCUAACAUUUGUCACUGUUUUUGGUAUCUAAGGAGGAAGAAUAAUCCAAAAAGUUUGGUUCAAUAGUCCUCAUUUGUUGUACUUACCUCCUGACUCCUCCAUCUUCAUGUACUCGGACUGCUCCAGACUGAAGAUCAUCUAUGAGACCUCACCACAGCAGUUAACUUAACAAUAUUGAACAUAAAUGUCUGAUGUAUUACACCGUUUAUCACAGUCUCUGGGAAGAUGUUAUUUAAAUGAGAAUAAGGAAGAUUUCCUAUUAGUUUCAAUGUUUCACUAUUUUUUUUAAUAAAUUUUUAGGAUUCACUGUGGAUGUGUAUUUUUAACAGAUAUGAUUGUAUGUGAAGAAUGACACGUGAUUUUUUAAAGACUUCAAAGUAAAUGUUGGUUUAGUCCCAUUCCAAACGUCUUUUGAUCUGUUGUAAAGUUAAAAAUUAAUGUCCCACUAGCUGUCAUGCACCUAGGUGUGUGAAAUUUGUACUCAUCCCCUGGGUCAAAAUAAAACAAAAAGAGUUGUAAAAAGCAAAACUUGAGAUAUAGGCAGGUCCACUGGCACAGAGUUAGUGUGCUCUCAUUU